AUGUCUUUCCAGAAGCCUGAGAAGGAUUUCGGCGAGGGCCCCAAGGUCCACAAGAUCCGCAUCACCCUCACCUCUCGCAAGGUCGCUUCCCUCGAGAAGGUCUGCUCUGAGCUGAUCGACCGUGCCCGCUCCAAGUCCCUCCAGGUCAAGGGCCCCGUUCGCCUGCCCACCAAGACCCUGAACAUCUCCACCCGUAAGACUCCUUGCGGUGAGGGUUCCAAGACCUGGGACAAGUACGAGAUGCGCAUCCACAAGCGUCUCAUCGACCUCCUCGCCCCCACCGAGACCGUCAAGCAGAUCAUCAUCAACAUCGAGGCUGGUGUUGAGGUUGAGGUUACCAUUGCCGCUUAG